AUGCGUACGCACCUUUCUCGGAUCAGAACUGAAGAGCCCCCCUCCCCCCAACCCCACAACCCCGUUAAUAUCUUGUCAUGUAUUUCAACCGUUGCCAUGAAGGGCCCCAGCUCCAGAUGGGCUUUUUCACUGGGCUUCCUCAUAGGGGUCUGCAGCAUGUACUUCUUCCUGCACCAGGUGUGGUUUGAGCGAAGCUACCCAGUGCUGUCGGAAGCUCAGGAAAAAGCAAAACCGGUAGAGGAGAGGCCACUGACCUGGAGGAAGGAGGGAGCUGCUCUUAUCAACCUCCUUCACCCUCACCAUGCAGAUGAGGACAGCAGGGUGGCUGAUGCGCUGUACCAGAGGGUACGCGUUCUCUGUUGGGUGAUGACGGGUCCUCAUAACCUGCAGAGUAGGGCCCGCCAUGUCCGGGACACCUGGAGUCGGCACUGCAACAUCGUGCUAUUCAUGAGCUCCGUGGAAGACCCCGACUUUCCAACGGUAGGUUUGGAGACGAAGGAGGGCAGGGACAAGCUCUACUGGAAGACCAUCCGAGCUUUCCAUUAUGUCUACGAGCACCAUGCGAACGAAGCAGACUGGUUCUUAAAAGCGGAUGAUGACACCUUUGUGGUGGUGGAUAACCUUCGCUGGAUUCUGUCCAACCACACCCCUCAAGAACCCAUCUAUUUUGGUAAACGCUUUAAGCCUUACACCAAGCAAGGCUACAUGAGUGGGGGUGCAGGCUAUGUACUCAGUAAGGAGGCCCUGAAGAGAUUUGUGGAGGGUUUUCGGACCAAGGCUUGCACACACACCACCCCCGUGGAAGACCUUGCAAUGGGCCAGUGUUUGGAGAAGAUGGGAGUUCUGGCGGGGGACUCCAGAGACACGCUGCAUCGAGAAACUUUUCACCCGUUUGUGCCGGAGCAUCACCUGACCACUAAAUUCUCAAAGAGCUUCUGGUACUGGAGCUACUGUUACUACCCAAUAGUUGAGGCAAGUCCCUUCAUAUUUCUUACAUAUGAUACUUAUGGAAUGUACUGCAGGAGAACCAAUUGCUACGAAUGGCACGGUCCUCAGUGCUGUUCAGACCUGGCUGUGUCCUUCCAUUACGUGGAGGCAGAGCUCAUGUACACGCUGGAGUACUACACCUACCACCUGAGAGCUUUUGGCUACAAACCCCGCUAUCUGCCCUCUGCACCCCACAGCGCGACCGCCCCCCCACCCUCACAGACCGCCGCAAAAAAGGGGCACAAAGCAGCUCAGGAAGUGGCGGGUGGUUGGAAUCACACGGUCUCUGCUUUGCCAGUCAGUGGAAACAAAACGACACAUGAAUCAUAUUUGAAAAACAGUUUAGACUCCAACCUGACUGAGACUGGAACUGCGGUGUCACACCACAACCAUGAUGCAUUCACAGCCGGGUCUCCAUAG